AUGAGUGACAAUAAAGAAGGAAAAGAAGCUCGAGAUACGAAAGAAGCAAAAGAACAUCGUGAGCCUGGCGUUGGACCAGGUAGAAGAAAGACCGUCCGAAAAGGAAUGUUCUCCAGAGACUUAAAACUGUUGAUGUAUGGCUUCGGAGAUGUACUCAAUCCAGCUGCGGAUUCAAUUGCAGUAUUAGACGAUUUAGUCAUCGAUUACAUUGUCGACAUGUGUCAAAAAGCCUCUAAAGUCGCGGAGAACCGUGGUAAAGUUAAAGUUGAAGAUUUUAAAUUUGUCUUGCGGAAUGAUGCCAAGAAGUUGGCUCGUGUUGAGGAAUUAUUGUACAUGAGUGAAGACAUUAGAAGAGCCAAACAAGUAUUUGAUGAGAAAGAAAUGGAAGCAGAUGACGGUUAA